CUUAGAUGAUAGACACAUCAAAUCAGUGGAGUGACUGCCUGGCCUCACCUCUCGUCUCUUUCUCUCCAGUCAGAUAAACAGUCAGACGUACGUGUAGAUAGAUCUAUCAACGAUGGUGGUCCCUGGCUCUCAACACAUAGAGGACAAGAUGUACCAUCCUCCGGAGGGUCUGCAGAAGGAUGCUCAUGUGCCUGACUUCAGCUGUUAUCUAGAACUUUACAAGAAGUCUAUUGAGGAGCCGGACGUAUUCUGGAAAGAGGUCGCUAGUGAUUUCUAUUGGAAGAAGCCUCCUACGGGUCGCAUUCUGCAGUAUAACUUCGAUGUGACCAAAGGGAACAUCUAUGUCAAAUGCAUGGAGGGAGCCAAAACCAACAUGUGUUACAACGUCCUGGACAGGAACGUGAAGGAUAAGAACCUUGGUGAACGAGUGGCAUUCUACUGGGAGGGGAAUUCACCUGAUCACCACGAGGCCAUCACCUACGGUCAGCUGCUAGGACAGGUGUGCAGGUGUUCCAACGUUCUGAAGCAGAUGGGAGUGAGGAAGGGAGACAGGGUGGCCAUCUACCUCCCUAUGAUUCCGGAGCUGGUGUACACCAUGCUGGCCUGCGCCAGGAUAGGAGCUGUCCACUCCAUCGUGUUUGCAGGCUUCUCCUCUGAGUCUCUGUGUGAGAGGAUCAUGGAUUCCCAGUGCAGUAUCCUGGUAACUGCAGAUGGUGUGUACAGAGGGGAGAAGUUGAUCAACCUGAAACAGAUAGCAGACGAGGCUCUGGAGAAAUGCAGGGAGAAAGCAUCCGCCACUGUUACAAGAUGUUUAGUAGUAAAACAUCAUGCACUGAGGACACAAAAUGGAGAUGUUUCCAACAAAUUGCAGACCCCGUGGGAUGCUGCGUGUGACGUGUGUUGGGAGGAGGUGAUGGGACAGGUCUCAGAGCAGUGUGAACCUGAGUGGCUGGAUGCAGAGGAUCCUCUCUUUAUACUUUAUACCAGCGGAUCUACUGGCAAACCUAAGGGUGUUCUCCACACAGUAGCAGGCUACCUGCUCUACACCUCUCUGACCUUUAAGUAUGUGUUUGACCACCAGCCAGACGAUGUGUACUGGUGUACCGCUGAUAUAGGAUGGAUCACCGGACACUCAUACAUCACCUAUGGACCCCUGGCCAAUGGGGCUACCAGCGUGCUGUUCGAGGGUAUUCCAGUCCACCCUCACGUGGGGCGUUUCUGGGAGGUGAUUGAGAAGUACAGAGUGUCCAAGUUCUACACGGCUCCCACAGUCAUACGCCUUCUGAUGAAGUACGGAUUAGAUCCAGUACAGAAGUACGACCUGUCAUCGCUGAGGAUUCUGGGUACUGUAGGUGAGCCCAUCAACCCGGAGGCGUGGCAUUGGUACCACGAGGUGAUUGGCCAGAAGAGAUGUCCAGUGGUGGACACCUUCUGGCAGACGGAGACGGGUGGCCAUGUUUUAACUCCUUUACCUGCCGCUACACCUCUGAAACCUGGAUCAGCUACGUUUCCUUUCUUUGGCGUGGAGCCUACCAUACUGAACGAGCAUGGAGAGGAACUGGAGGGAGAGGCAGAGGGCUAUCUGGUGUUCCGUCGGCCCUGGCCUGGAAUCAUGCGUACCGUGUACGGAAACCAGGAGCGGUUUGAGAACACAUACUUCAAGAAAUUCCCAGGUUUCUAUGUGACCGGAGACGGCUGCAGGAGGGAUAAAGAUGGAUACUACUGGAUCGCAGGCAGGAUAGAUGACAUGAUCAACGUAUCAGGUCACCUGCUGAGCACAGCGGAGGUAGAGUCAUCUCUAACAGACCACGGAGCGGUGGCCGAAGCUGCAGUGGUCAGCAGACCCCACGCGGUCAAGGGGGAGUGUCUCUACUGUUUCGUUACUCUGAAGGACUGCAGGGAGUUCAACCGCACUCUGGUGGACGAACUCAAGAGACAAGUGAGGGAGAAGAUUGGUCCGAUCGCCACACCAGACUUCAUUCAGAACGCUCCUGGACUUCCUAAAACACGAUCUGGUAAGAUUAUGCGGCGGGUCCUGAGGCAGAUCGCCCGGAACGAGAAGGAUCUAGGUGACCUUUCAACUAUGGCUGACCCCAAGGUCGUAGAGGUCCUGUUCAGCCAGCGCUGUGAAACGUCCGCCUGAGGGGCUGCAUGUCAACACUCUACAGUAGCUUCCUCUCCUCGACAUCUCCUCUCCUCUCCUCGUCUCCUCAUUUCCUCUCCAUCAUCUAAAAUGAUCUGAAAACUAUGGAAGCCCAUUCCUGCCACCAACUCUUUCUUUUUUUUUUUUUAAAUAGUAGAACAGACAGGUUAUAUUUCUUAAUUUGUAGCAGUAUGUGCAAUUUUUUUCCCUAUCUAUCCACGUUGCAGAGAACAGCACAGCAGGGUCGCCGGCAAAUGUGUGGCGAGCUGGCAUUUGCCCCAACAAUUUUUCAAUUCGGUUUAAUAAAAAAAUAUUGACACAAAAGCAUUGAAAAAUUACGGAUUUAUCAACUCGUGCUUCAGUCUGAUCAACUGUAGUCUACCGAUAACAACCACAGCUACAGGUGGCCUAGAGAAACCUAUGCACUCUGCUCUCCUCUGGCCAGGGGAAACGAAGCGGUAAUCUGGUGUAUUUAUAGCCUAAAAUAGGCCUAUUUUAUUUGUGUUAAGAGAAAAUGUGAAUGUGAUCAAAUUAGAUUUUAUAUUCGGACUUCGGGUGGCUAGUCGACCCAGACCUUAUCAAUCCAGAAUGAUUGACUGAAAUUUGUCAAUGAACACAAUAGUGAUGAGAUUCUGUGUGAGUCACUUUUUAAUUACAGAUCUAACCGUGCAUACAGUCAGCCCUGUUAGUUCUAUUGUCCAAUCACAGUUGUUGAUUUUGUAUUUUUUUUAAAUAUAUUUUUUUAAACCAUAUGACCUGAUUUAAAAAAAUAAAAAAAUAAUCUGGUCCCAUCAUAGCCCAUAUGCAACCGUUUUACAGCUGAUUCUAUUACUAUGUCAGACCCUACGACUUAGGGUCUGGAGUUUUACCAGGUUGGGUUAGCCUACCAGAUCAGGAAAAACUCUGGCGCCCCUAGGAAAACACUCCUGUGGUGCCACCUCUGAAAUCACCUCCACAGAGAGACAGAUGAAGAAGCAUGUUCUACUAUCUCAAAAAAAAAUGUUUAGUAUCUCAUCGUCAUAAAAGUAAAUGUGGUUGGCGGGAAUGGGCUUUCUACCGAAAACACAGGUUAUAAAAUAUAGAACAGGAAACACAGGUUAUAAAAUAUAGAACAGGAAACACAGGUUAUAUAGAACAGGAAACACAGGUUAUAAAAUAUAGAACAGGAAACACAGGUUAUAUGAACGGGAAACACAGGUUAUAUAGAACAGGAAACACUGGUUAUAUAGAACAGGAAACACAGGUUAUAUAGAACAGGAAACACAGGUUAUAUAGAACAGGAAACACAGGUUAUAUAGAACAGGAAACACAGGUUAUAAAAUAUAGAACAGGAAACACAGGUUAUAUAGAACAGGAAACACAGGUUAUAUAGAACAGGAAACACAGGUUAUAAAAUAUAGAACAGGAAACACAGGUUAUAAAAUAUAGAACAGGAAACAGGUUAUAUAGAACAGGAAACACAGGUUAUAUAGAACAGGAAACACAGGUUAUAUAGAACAGGAAACACAGGUUAUAUAGAACAGGAAACACAGGUUAUAUAGAACAGGAAACACUGGUUAUAUAGAACAGGAAACACUGGUUAUAUAGAACAGGAAACACUGGUUAUAUAGAACAGGAAACACUGGUUAUAUAGAACAGGAAACACAGGUUAUAUAGAACAGGAAACACAGGUUAUAUAGAACAGGAAACACAGGUUAUAUAGAACAGGAAACACAGGUUAUAUAGAACAGGAAACACUGGUUAUAUAGAACAGGAAACACUGGUUAUAUAGAACAGGAAACACAGGUUAUAUAGAACAGGAAACACAGGUUAUAUAGAACAGGAAACACAGGUUAUAUAGAACAGGAAACACAGGUUAUAUAGAACAGGAAACACAGGUUAUAAAAUAUAGAACAGGAAACACAGGUUAUAAAAUAUAGAACAGGAAACACAGGUUAUAAAAUAUAGAACAGGAAACACAGGUUAUAAAAUAUAGAACAGGAAACACAGGUUAUAAAAUAUAGAACAGGAAACACAGGUUAUAAAAUAUAGAACAGGAAACACUGGUUAUAUAGAACAGGAAACACUGGUUAUAUAGAACAGGAAACACUGGUUAUAUAGAACAGGAAACACUGGUUAUAUAGAACAGGAAACACUGGUUAUAUAGAACAGGAAACACUGGUUAUAUAGAACAGGAAACACUGGUUAUAUAGAACAGGAAACACUGGUUAUAUAGAACAGGAAACACUGGUUAUAUAGAACAGGAAACACUGGUUAUAUAGAACAGGAAACACUGGUUAUAUAGAACAGGACAGGAAACACUGGUUAUAUAGAACAGGAAACACUGGUUAUAUAGAACAGGAAACACUGGUUAUAUAGAACAGGAAACACUGGUUAUAUAGAACAGGAAACACUGGUUAUAUAGAACAGGAAACACUGGUUAUAUAGAACAGGAAACACUGGUUAUAUAGAACAGGAAACACUGGUUAUAUAGAACAGGAAACACUGGUUAUAUAGAACAGGAAACACUGGUUAUAUAGAACAGGAAACACUGGUUAUAUAGAACAGGAAACACUGGUUAUAUAGAACAGGAAACACUGGUUAUAUAGAACAGGAAACACUGGUUAUAUAGAACAGGAAACACUGGUUAUAUAGAACAGGAAACACUGGUUAUAUAGAACAGGAAACACUGGUUAUAUAGAACAGGAAACACUGGUUAUAUAGAACAGGAAACACUGGUUAUAUAGAACAGGAAACACUGGUUAUAUAGAACAGGAAACACUGGUUAUAUAGAACAGGAAACACUGGUUAUAUAGAACAGGAAACACUGGUUAUAUAGAACAGGAAACACUGGUUAUAUAGAACAGGAAACACUGGUUAUAUAGAACAGGAAACACAGGUUAUAUAGAACAGGAAACACAGGUUAUAUAGAACAGGAAACACAGGUUAUAUAGAACAGGAAACAUGACGGAUGGGAGUAUUUUCAUUCAGCGUCAUUCUAGGAAGAUGGAGAUGAGGUGAGGAAGCUACGUUUAGACAUACCCAGAGAGUCUCCCUUCUAGUCCCUUCUGAUGAUGCAGAUUAAUUCAGAGUCCCUAAGCGCUGAUCCUGAAUCAGUCUUAAGUUGUUUUGGAGGAUGGGGGAUUAGUGGUUGGAGGACAGAUCCUAGAUCAGAUCUUAUGGGAACGACUGAUUUCGAUGUCUAUGUAAGGGAAUUACAGUCAAUUCAAAUGACAAUCCCUAGUCUCAAACCAAUGUUUGUUUGAACCCUCUUCUAAACCGGUCAAAAAGGGACAUGAAACAAUCCGUAUUCCAAAUGAUUAUUUAUGCCACAGUGUUGUCAUUUGCAUGUAAUAAUGGGUGGGCCAAUGUUGAGGUAAACGGGACACAGAAUCCGAAUCUUUCCCUUGUUGCCUGGUCAGCAACCUAACCUCUGUAACAUUCAGUGUUCUGAUUGAUCAACUUCUGUCUUCCAUCUUGCUUUUUACAUGCUCCUCAGAUGAUUAUUGAUCUGUAAAGUCUAAAUGAUGGAAAGCUAGUUUCACCUUUUUAAAAGCUAUGAUAACUAUUGCCAGCGAGACCAGUCAGCUUUGCACAGUUCUUCCACAACAUGGCUUGAAUUUGUUUGGACGUCUAUGUAUAUUUCAACUUUGAGAAUAAAACUGUUUAAUUUA